UCACAUGAGCUCGUCACAUGACUGUCAGGAGGAAAACACAACAGGAAGAGACUUUGUUGUACAUACUUUACAUUUGAUUCCAUUCAGAAAAUGACAGAGGAGCAGCUCUGUGCCGUUACUUGGAUCUGAGUGACGUUCAUUCUUUUUUCGCGGGUUAAAGGUUUUUGUUUACUGCGGUACGAGCUCUACUGAACAUAACCGAUCAUCACCGAGGGUCAGAGGUCACCAUGGGGUCAGCUGUGGAGAGGACAGACGAACAUGUGAAGGAGUAUCUGAUCUACCGUGGCUUUACCAGCACUCUGAAACAUUUGGACAGCGAGAUCAAAGUCGAUAAGGAGAAAGGCUUCAGGGUGGAUAAGAUCAUCGAUCAGCUGCAGCAGUUCAUCCAGAGCUUCGACCUGUUUGGUCUGAAGGAGUACUGGCUUUACCUGGACAGGCGUCUGUUCUGCCGACUGGAGGAUGUCUACAGAUCCACCGUCAACAAACUGAGAACCAGCCUGUACAGAUACUACGUCAUCAACACCAUCCAGAAAGGAAACCUGGAGCGGACUCAGGAAUUCUUCCAGAAGCAGGCAAUGGAGCUGCAGGGUCAGGCCGAGUGGCGUGAUUGGUUCAUCCUGCCUUUCAUCCCCGCCCCCGAGCAGAACCCCGCCUUCUCUCCAUACUUCUCCCGCCAGUGGGCCGACACCUUCCUGGUUUCUCUGCACAACUUCCUGUCGGUGCUCUUCCAGUGUAUGCCUCAGCCCGUCCUUCUGAGUUUUGAUGCUGAAGUCCAGAAGACGACGAGUCUGACAGAAGAGAACGAACAGCUCCGACAGAUGCUGUUUGCCCUGCAGACAGAGACCCGGGACCAGAAGGAUGGAGAUGAGAUGGUCCACCACAAACUGCCAGCAUACGUUCAGAACAUGGACCGUCUGGGAGACACUGAGCUGGACUUGGUGUCAAGCCAGCGAGCCGUCAGCACCACCACCACUCCUUCCAGAAAUUUCUUCUCUACAUUCCUACCACAGGGCCGACGCACACCCGGGAAACCACCUCAGGUUACUGCUGGGUCUUCACCAAGCCAACUGGUGGUGAGCAGGAAGGACGCACCAACCAGUCAGUCUGCAAAAUCAAGAGACACAGUCCAAACUAAGGAGGUGAAGCCAGUUGCAAGUCAGGCAUCAAGUAGUGAAUCUGCGAGCUCCCAGUCCCAACAGUCAACAAACCAGUCGACAAACCAGGCAACAAACCAGCUGACACAUCCCAGACACAGGAGAAUCCAGGACCAUGAGAAAGAGAGGAAGGAGCUUUUCUCCAAACCACCACAACAGACACCAGAGAAGAAGGGGGAGACUGGGGAGGUGGAGCCUCCUGCCGAGACCUGCAGUGAACCUCCUGACUCGGCCUCCUCCUCCAAUAGCAGGAGCUGCGGAGGAGGAGCAGAGGGAGGAGGUCUGUCAGCAGAACAGCCGUUCAUCAAACUCAGCCAGGAGGAAUAUGGGGAACACCACUCCUCCAUCAUGCACUGCAGGGUUGACUGUUCUGGUCGCCGGGUUGCCAGUUUAGAUGUAGAUGGAGUCAUCAAGGUGUGGUCAUUCAACCCCAUCAUACAGACUAAAGCCACCAUCAUGUCCAAGUCUCCUCUGCUGUCUCUGGAGUGGGCCACCAAACCUGACAGACUGUUGUUACUAGGCAGCGGUGUGGGCACAGUGCGGCUGUAUGACACCGAUGCCAAGAAGAAUCUUUAUGAGAUGAACAUUGAUGAAACUCAUCCACGUAUCUUGUCUUUAGCCUGCAGUCCCAGCGGAUCAUCAUUUGUGUGUUCGGCUGCAGCUCUCAGUCGAUCUGGAAGUGUCGAGUCUGUCACUCGACUUCCUAUACCAGUGUCUGGACAACUGCUGCUCUGGGACACCAAAACUGUCAAACAACAGCUCCAAUUCUCUUUAGAACCUGAACCAGUAGCCAUUAACUGCACGGCCUUCAACCACAAUGGAAACCUGCUGGUGACCGGAGCUGCUGACGGAGUCAUCAGACUGUUUGAUAUGCAGCGCUAUGAGAGCGCUAUGAGCUGGAGAGCUCACGACGGAGAAGUCUACAGUGUGGAGUUCAGCUAUGAUGAAAACACCGUCUUUAGCAUCGGAGAAGAUGGCAAGUUCAUCCAGUGGAACAUCCAUCGGUGUGGGGUGAAGCAGUCAGAGCAGGAUUUACCUCAGGAUGCCACUGGGCCCUUCAUCCUCUCAGGGUACAGUGGAUACAAACAGGUUCAGAUUCCUCGAGGUAGACUCUUUGCCUUCGACUCUGAGGGACAACAUGUCCUGACUUGUUCCAGCUCCGGAGGACUCAUAUACAGACUGACCAAUGGGGAGCCGGCACUGGAGAGUGUUCUGUCGCUGGGUGGGCACAAAGCUCCAGUAGUGACGGCUGAUUGGUGCUCUGCAGUGGACUGUGGAACCUGCCUGACUGCCUCUAUGGAUGGGAAGAUCAAACUGAGCACGCUGCUGGCACAGAAGUCCUGAGGACCUGAUAGAGGACACAUUAGGGGUCAGAGAUCAUCAGACAUUCACUUUGCCCAUUUACUGAAGGAGAUUAUUCCAGAAUCUGAUAUAUCAACAUUUUCAUGAUGUGACACCAACAGUGAAAACUCAGAAACCUGUUAAAAAUUCAUGUGAACAUUAAAA